AUGGCUGAAGCAGAACCUGCCUCAAAUGCUGCUGCUGGCGACAAGAAAGAACAGCCAAAGGAUGAUGACGAUCUACUACAGCAGGCACUUGCAAUGUCAAUGGAGGAUGGUGCUUCAGGAUCUGCAGCUGUGACUGACUCUGCUAUGGCAGAAGCUGGUGCUGUUGACCCUGACUUGGCAUUGGCUCUUCAAAUGUCUGUCCAGGAUGCAAACAUGUCCAGUGACACUGAUAUGAGUAAGGUGUUUGAAGACAGAACGUUUGUGUCAUCUAUCCUUAAUUCGCUUCCUGGUGUUGAUCCCAAUGAUCCAUCUGUUAAAGAUUUGCUGGCAUCAUUGCACAGCCAGGGGGAGCAAGAGAAGAAGGAAGACAAGUCAGACAAAACAGAAGAUGAGAAGAACUGA